GGUGACAUAACACUUAAAACUUUUAGCAUUGUCAAAUUUUCAAUUUCAAAGUUUUUUUUCUUCUUUUUAGGGUAAAAUUUUCGUAAUUUAAAAUUAAAUAAUGCACGUUUAGUAACAAAAUUAUCAGUGAAGCGAUGGAAGAAAUCGUCAAUAAUGAGUUUCUAUUUUACUCAAAACUGUCUAAGCCUUUGAUCCUGAAUUUACCCAAGUCACAAGAUCGGAUUUUAGCAGCAGCAUGGCUCAAAAAAUUCGCAGACGAGCAAGCAGGCACAGAAAAGCUAAGAAUAAUAUAUCUGAAGCUCUUAAUCUUCUGCCUGCAGCGCAGAAGACUCAGUGGAAUAUUUGCGGAUGACCCAUCUUUAUACAAUACAUUGGAGGAAUUACCCGAGGAUAUCGAUCUUAAUGAAUUUGCAAGAAAUCUCCUCGAGGAAGAAAAACUAGAACGUCGAAAAAUUAUCAAACUAGAAAUGAUGGGAGAUAUGGAUGCGUUUCCAGCAUAUACAACAGAUUGUUCUCCAGACCUAACGGAGUAUGUAGCUGCUCAGGAUAUUCCGAAUUUUGGAGUUCAUGCUUACUAUGCCAUCUCUAAGCAACCUGUUAGUAAAUGGCAAAGAUCGGAAAAGGCUAUUCUUCCUAAAGGAAUAAAGAGUGCUAUAGAAACAAAUAUCAGUAUCAGUGCUGCUGGUGCUGAAGGUCCAAAAUGUACUUGCGCCCCAAAAGGUACAUCGUCAGCGCCCGAAGUGGAAGAUGGAGGCGAAGAAAGUUUUCCAGAAUGCAGGCAACCCAAAGAUCAAUCAGCCGAAAGGCCUAAGAAAAAACGUCCGAAGAAACUUGGUACUUCACCGCCAACGCAUCCUAUCGGAGAAGUAAAGCAUGAAGAGGAGGAACGACCCACUCCCACUUGGGGAACCAACCUCGUCGAAAUCAGAGAACACACAGACUUAGGAAACAUCGAAGAAAUGACACCACUAGAAAGAGAUUUAGAGGAACGGGUCAAUAGAAUGAUGGCAGAAGCUUUCGCUAGUUCCAUCGAGGAAGAAUCUGAAACAGAUGAAGAUGACUUAUCAGAAAAAGCAAAUGAAAUGAAUAAUACUUUAAGUGAGGUGGAAAAAGGAAGAAUGUCUUCUCAGCAAACAGCAGAUAAGGGUGGUAAAAAGAAAAAAAAGAAAAAAGAGGAGGAAGUAGAAGAGCUGCCGGAAGAUUACCAUGUAGAAGGCAGAAUUGAGUGGGAGCCACAAGGUGAUGACUAUUUUGAAAGACUGUUAGCUGAAGCAGAAGCGGAUAUCGAUUUGUCUGUUUACGAUCAAGGCAUUGACGAAGAUGAGUCGGUAGUUGAACUAUUUGAUGAUGAAAUUGCCGACAUAGAAGAUGAGCUAAAUGUGUCAAGAGCGACAACGCAAGCUAGAAAUGCUUCUCCAGCUUUAACAAGGGAAAUACCAGUUACUACACCACCAGCUACAGCAAGUCCGAAAAGAACCAAAACACCUGAGAAAAUAUUUGCUGGGGAUGAUGAUUAUUUACUUAGGCACAGGGCAUCUCCUCUAAAAGCACCAAAAGAGCCACAACAAGAUCCCCGAAGAUCCGCAAGGCCUGCUGCAGAACCUGAACAGACCGAAAAAGACCAACAUUUAUCUCAAGUUUUUGAACAUGCCAAGAGACUGGUCGAAGAUGAGGAUGACUCUUUUUUAGCUCAUGAACAAGAAAUGGAGGAACAGGACCGACAAGAGGAUAGAAAUGCCCCAGGCCCAAUGAGAUAUGCGCAAACACCUGCACGCGAAGCUUAUAACGUUAUGGAUCGCGUAAGGCAACAAGAAGCUAUGUUAAGGACUCCACCACAACACGGGCGAACACCAUCGCAACCAAUACAACGGAAAAGAACCCCAACAUCCGCUGAACAACAGGCGGAAUUCGACCGUUUAGAAAGGCAGUUUGCGGGAGGAACACCUCCACGUGCUAGAUCUCCGAGUAUAGGGAGACAACAACAAUCGCCAGGCUUAAGCCAAGUCAUGGAUAAAGUUCAACAACAGCAACAAAUGCUUGCGUCUACAGCACGAACACCACGACAACCAAUACAACAACGCAGAGCUCCAACAUCCGCAGAGCAACAGGCCGAAUUUGACCGUCUAGAAAGGGAGCUUGGGGGAGGAACACCCACUCGUGCUAGAUCUCCAUGUAUAGCAAGACAGCAACAGUCGCCAGGCCUCAGCCAGGUUAUGGAAAGAGUUCAACAACAGCAACAGAUGCUUGCAUCUGCAAUGGGUCCAGCACAAACCCCACGACAACCAAUACAGCGAAGCAGAACUCCAACAUCCGCAGAGCAACAGGCCGAAUUCGACCGUCUAGAGAGGGAGCUUGGGGGUGGAACACCCACUCGUGCUAGAUCUCCAUGUAUAGCGAGACAGCAACAGUCGCCAGGCCUUAGUCAAGUUAUGGAAAGAGUGCAGCAACAGCAACAGAUGCUUGCAUCGCCAAUGGGUCCAGGUUUAGACAUAACUCCACCACAAUUUGCAGACUCGCCACCACCAAUGACCCAACAAGAAGAAUUUGGUUAUUUUGAAGGAAUUCGACAGCAAGCUAGACUCGAAGGAACAGCUCCUCCUGAAUGGAAUGAAGAAGAAUUUCUUCGAAGACAAGGAGAAAGAAGAAGACGAAGACAUGAAGUAAUUAGAGAGGGAUCACCUGAAGCAAAUCGAAUAAUUCACGAAGUUGAAAAUAUAUUUGACGAGGCUGAUGGAUCUAUAGGAGGUGGAAUUUUAGAAGAAUCGAUUCCACAAAUGGAUUUCGAUCUAACGCCAGAUCCAUCAGUGCCAGGCCCAGUAUCACCUUUAGGUUAUACUCCAACGGGUCCACCACCUGCAAGACCCCAAACGCCCAAACCUCAAACUCCGCAGCGUCGCCCGCCUGCGUCAAUAACACCAGAAGUAGUAAGACAAUACAGGCAAAGAGAAGCGAGAGAAAAAGAAUUUGUACCCGGAGUGUCUUCACCCCUGACCCCUAAAGUUUGGCAAAGACCUUAUGAUAGGCCUCCCUUAUACCAAACUCCAGUGCCAACUCCCCCACCCCGGACACCUCCGCAAUCGCCUCCUCCCCAGUUUUUUGAUCGAUCACCGUUAGCUGAGGAAGAAAUGGAAUUUCCUGAGUCACCAAAUGUUAGCCCAGGACCAUACAUACCAACAUACAAUCCCUAUGAACCUGAUGUAUUUGACCAAUAUUUGGCACAGCAAGCAGCAGAAAGACAACAGGAAGAAGUGUGUCAGCCAUGUUCUCCUGCUCCAAUAAGGUCUCCUGUUCCAAUAAGUCCUCCAGUUCAAAGAAGUCCCUCUCCACCUCCUUCACCAUUUGAACCGGUUGAUUACCUGGAAGAACAUGAGCUUUCUGAUUUACCGUUCGGUCCGCCAAUGGCUCCAGAAGAAAUAAGAGAAUUUCUUGAAGAAGUGGGACAGACUAGUCCGCUUCAACCUUCUCCACCGGCUUCUCGACCCCGCACACCACAACAAGCACCACAACCACCGCAAGAGGCUGCUUAUACUCCGCCUUCGCCAUUUGAACCAGUUGAUUAUCUGAAGGCAGAUGAGUUGGCUGACCUUUCAUUUGGACCAGACAUGAGUCCAGGAGAAGUUCAAAAUUUUUUAAAAGAGUUGGGGGAAAUGAGCCCUGCUACUCCAUAUGUCUAUCGGCCACCGUCAACUCCGUUUUCGGUCCCUCCAGCAACUCCUCCGCAGACACCGUUAUUUCGGGCUCCAGUGCCUCCACCAAUGCCGUUCUUCCCAGGGAUAAGUGCUCCUAUUACUCCGCAGCCGAACCAGCUCCCAUAUGAUCGGCCAAAUUACUAUUGGACGCCGCCUACUCCAUUGCCACCCGGAGCACCUGGUUUGGAUGAUAGUUUGCCUAUGGACUUCCCCGAGUCUCCGCCUCAGUUAUGGGCGCCUGCGACUCCGGGUUAUGGUCCAACACCGGCUAAAAGAUCUCCGAUGUAUUCACCUUCUCCCGUGCGCCCUUUUAAGCAACCCGAACGGCCAAGGCCGCGGCUUCAGAAAAAUCUACCGCCGCAGCAAGCGCAGAAGAAUCAAAGAGAAAUUAUAUCCCAAACAAGGAGAAGACGUAUGCGGCCGAGAAAUUUACUUCAGGACUUAGGAGAGGCCUGUGAACCAUGUGGACCUGUUAUGGAACCUCCUCCGCCAUGUGGACCUUGUGGCGAAGACGAGGACUUAGCAUCAAGAAGCAUAAGAUCCGCAACAAAAUUAAGAACACAACAACGCGGCAAAUACUCUACUCCAUCGCCUGGUCAAAUGGAUUUUGAUGCCUUAGAACGGCAAUUCCAGCAAGAAGCCGCUAUGGCUCUUCCUUGUAAUAAGCCAGUACUACCUGAACUGCCCUUCUCACCCGGUGAGGAACAAAGAGUUAGAGAACGUGUACGUCAACAGGAAGCUAUGCUUAGGACGCCGCCAUCUCCGGUUGAUCUUGAGUUUGAGCGUUUGGAGCGAGAAUUUGCCAUGGAAGAUGAAGGAGCGCCCUGCAUACCUUGUUCGGGAGGUCAAGAUGCAGAUGCAGAUGCAAGAAAAAUAUAUGAAAGGGCUAGGCAACAAGAGGCUCUUUUAAGGACUCCUCCUCAACUUACUGAGUUAGAGGAGUUUGAAGCUUUGGAAAGACAGUUUGCUGGUGAAGAAGGUGGCACCUGUCCAGCCAAAUUAUCCCAAUCCUUACCUAAACCAUCUUCACCUUGUGGGCCGAAAGCUGAUGCUGUUUAUGAAAGGGCUAGGCAACAAGAAGCUCUUUUAAGGACUCCUCGUCAACCUACCGAGUUAGAGCAGUUUGAAGAGCUAGAAAGACAGUUUGCCGAGGAAGAAGGUGGCUCCUCACCAGCCAAAUUAUCCCAAUCCUUGCCAAAACCAUCUUCACCUUAUGGGCCAGAGGCUGAUGCUAUUUAUAAAAAAAUUAGAGAACAAGAGGAGAUGCUACAACCUAGUCCUCAAUAUCCUGGUGGUUGGACACCUGAAGGUGUUCCUGGACCCUCCAGAAGACGAACAGGACUAACACCUCCUUCACCAUGGCAGUAUGAUUCUGAUGUUUGCAGCCCUCCCCCAACCCCUGUUCCUACACCUGUUGUAGUUGUAGCAAAAAGAAUAAAGAAGAAAGGAAGAUAUCCACCACAGCCCACUCCAAGGACUCCAACAGACUCAAGAAAUAUACCUAGAGCCCCAUGCGGUACUCCGCCAAAACGAGUUGCUGCCUAUGGAACUCCUUUACGUGAAAAGUUGCCAUUAAGACCCAAGAACUUGUUUGUAGCGCCAGGUGAAUAUCCUCCUCCAUCUCCUGAUGUACGAAGGCAGUACGAUCCAAGCACACCUCCUUGUAUUGGUGCUGAAAAUGUGCCGCGAUCAGAAUGGAGCCCUGAAGGAGGUUACUUGGAGGAUGAAGGGGUACCACCAGACUUUCCCUCGCCCCCGCCUCGUACAUUACAGGACGACCAACUUUUCUUCCCACCUGAAGCCAUGGCGGCAAGAACACCAGAAGGUCUGCCUACAAUGAAAGAUGUUAUGAGGCACCAACUGGCUCAGGAUACAUUUAGGAGAAACAUCUCCUAUAAAACGCCUUUUGGAGCAGGACCAUGUUCUAGAAUAAGAAGGCAAAGUAGGACAGGUUUUGCACCGAUGGGUGGAAUAGCAGAAGAAGGUACACCACCAGGCCAAUUGGCAGAACAAAGGGAUUUGCAAGAUAUAGAAUUUACUCCACCGCAAUUUAGAUCUCCUAGACCCGCUUCGCUUAUGCCACGGAGUCCAACUAUGGGGCAAUGUAUGGCAAGUGUGAUGACUGGAUUAGAAGAUAUAUACCAACAAAGGCCUCCUCAAGACAUGCCUUCAACAUCCAGAGGAGCUUCUCCAACUAGAAUGCCCCAAGAACCUUCUACUAGUGCAAGUGGUGCUAAACCCAAAGCUGAAAGUAAACCAAAACCUAAGAAACAGCCGAAGCCUCUGAAGGAAACAAGAUCUCAGAAACUAAAACGGGAAAAGUUGGAGAAAGAACAAGCUGCGGAAAAGGAGGCUCAACGAAAAAAAGAGAAAGCCGCGAAAGCCCAGGCUGAAAAGAAACGAAAAGCGCAAUCGCAAAUUAUUGGUGUAAAAUUAAAAGCAGAGCUCUCUCAGCAUCAAAUCGAUUUUCCUGGAUAUCGACAGGGAGUAAUAACGGGGAAAACCAGUGGAAAAUAUAUGAGAAUUCCAAGACAAUCACGUGGUGUUAUAGACGCUAUGAAUAUUAUUGAAGAAAGAGCAGAACCAGGAUCACCAUGUUAUCCAUGUGCUCAAGGACAAGUCGGUGGACCGGAUGAUGAACUUCGACCACCUAUAGAUGCUAGCCCUGAUAUACCUGGCAUGACUGCAGCUGAUCGAGCAGCUCAAAUGGCUCGUGCACAAGAGAGGUAUUUUGCGGAAACUAGGCUUGGGCCUCUGUUGGAUGAAGAAAGAAUGCAGUUAGAAGAACCAUUAGGAACCAUAACCUAUUCUCCCCGAAGACCCGACCCACAGUUUGGCCGAGGUCCAUUUUCAUAUGAUAUGCCAGGUGUACAUUUACCAUUUAGGCAAGCGUUUCCCUCAGACGACAUGCCGGAGUUAGAAAACGCAAAUAUUAUGGGCAUUGAAAUGAUGUCUCCUCCACAGUUUGCUGAAAUUGCAGAUGAUGGCAGCUUUGGUUUCUUGCCUUCCCCUGAAGGAAGCGAGGUAUAUCCACCACGUGUACCCUUACCAGAGACUCCUCCGCUUGAUCCCCGAAAAGUGAGGAGACAUAUAGAAUCUAAGGCUGAUCCUUUCUAUGAUCCAACAGUUCAAGGUGGUGUUUUAGUGGACAGAGGCCAAAGAAGAAUUUCUAGAGCUCCUGGAUAUGAGAUGAGUCAGAUUCUUGAACAAUCGCCACCAUUAUUGCCAAUUAAUCAAAUACGAGCUUGCAGAGAUGUUCCUCUACGAGGCCAAGCGCCCAGAACUGACAUAUUGGACCGACCCCUUCCCCAAGGUCUUCGUUCCCCCCUCCAAACCAAUUUACCAUCCUAUGUCCCAGAACCCUGGCAACCACCAUGUGGCGCUUUUGAUGUUCCUCCGAUUGGUCAAAUCUAUCAGCCUCCACCGGACCUUCCGAUACAUCCUGAUCUAGUGGACUUGGCACAGUAUGAAUCACCAGUUCAUAUACCAGAAGAAGUUAGUCUCGAUGAAGCUCCUCCAGAAGGAAUGCUAUACACACCGGAACGUGAUGCAGAAACUGACGAUAUAGACUGGCAUAAUGAGAUGUUACGUAGAAUAAGAGAGCUUCCAGACGUUCCAUAUAGUCCUGAACUACUGUCACCGGAUCUAGGACUAGGUCAGGAUGAAAAUUUCUUAGAGCCGUGUAUAGGUGUUGAUAUCCAUCCAUGGGAAGGUUUUCUUGAUACUACUCCACCUCUAGAGAGAGACUACGCUCUACUAGAAAUGCAUGAAAGAACUAAGCAAGCUCAAGGAAGAAAGGGUAUUAAACCUAAACCAAUGUUUUUCGGCGGAUAUGGAGAGACUCCAAAGAGACCAAUUCCUAGAUGGUAUGGACGAGGAGGAGCUCGAAAUGUUAUUCCAGAAGCAGAUAUUGAGGAUUCACCACCAUCUCCUCGAACUCCUCCACCUCAACUUCCCGCUCCCCCUAGUUGGUGGUCUCCAGAUUUAGACGAAUUUGAAAGAAUGGAAAGAGAAAUCGAAACUAAAUGCAGAGCACGUGAUAGGCGUACACAACGCGAAAGAGAUUUUGACGAACGACGGCGCCAAACUGAAAUCGAAUUAAUGGCUGAAGAGUCAGAUAGGAGACUGGCUAUGUCGCCUACUCAAUGGGAAUUCGAACAGUUGGAGCAGCAAAUUGCUGAAGAGGAGGGUCGUCGUAAAGUGUCUAAGAGAAGACAGCAGCAAAUGAAGUUUGAAGAAAUUCAGAGACGUGCAGCUGUAGAAGAAAUGAUCAUGGAGGCGGAAAGAAAAGAGCAAGAAUUUAAGCGGCCUGCAUCUCCAAUUGGAAGAGAAGCUUCACCAAGUAGGACUCCACCAGGACCUCCUCCUAUGCUUUCUGUCUCGAGUCCUGGAGAAGCGGCAGGAGGUCCAUGUGGGGUAUGCUCGCCAGACGAUAUCGACAGACAAGUAGAAGCAGCUUACGAAAAUUUGAAUAUGUUGGAUCAGGAGCAAGGAUGGUACGACGUUCUUGAAAAUAUGGAAUCACCACCACGUUUACCAUGGCAAGGAUUAGAUUAUAGUCCUCUAGGGGAAGAAUCGCCUCCACCCGGUUUAUUUUACUUUACCCCUCCAAAAAAAAGACGCAUCCAGCCAACAUACGCUUCUGUUGAAAUUUCUCCAGGCGAACCACGAGAGGAUCCUGUUAUGACGGCGGUAGAGAAUCUAAAGAGGAGACAAGAACAGCACGCUUUAGAGUUUCAACGAGGCCGUGAAGAGAUUCGACAAAUGUUCGCCCCUACACCCUUGUCUCCUGGCCCUGGACCAGACUUUUUGAUGAACGUGUAUGCUCACCAAAUCCCACAGGACUUUAGAGAACACCGACGACCUCCUUGCGUGAUAAGAGAUCAAAUUGGAACCCAGGAGCGCAAUUUGCAACUUCAGAGAAGAUCCGCUGGGCCCGCUUUGGACAGUAUUCGGGAGCAAAGGGUGCAAAUUGUAACGCCAAAGCCUUGGAGACAGCCUCCAAGGAAACGACCACGACCUUCAAAGAAGAGUCAACCUGCCGCAGGACCAUCAGUGGCGGCACCUGGUCCUCAGCGAUCUGCGGGUGGAGCCUCCUGUGGACCGACAUGUCCGGCAGCCGAUCAGUCAAGACCCGGACCAAGCACCGGAGCGAUUCCGAAACAAUAUACCGUUGAAGAGGGACGGCAAAGAGCCAAAGAACGACUAAGGGCGGCCAAACGAAGUCAACAACAGGCGUCUAGACCGGCGGCCAGGUCAUCGCAAUCUCAAAGAGAACUGGCAAUGCAGCAGGCUGCAAUGGCUAGGCCACCAGCACCGUUUACCGGUUUUGUACCUACAAGUGUCAGAGCAAGAAUGCCACCACCGCCGCCGCCACCUGUAGAGCCUGUACGAGGCGGUAGACGUCCAGCAGGAGGCUGUGGCGGCUGUCCUGGAGCAAAUAGGCGACCAAGAACUCAAGCGUCUGCAAGUACAUCAAGAACAAAACUUCAAAGACCUGGAGGUUGCCCAGGACGAAGAUAAAAACAAUGUAUGAAUGUCUAUAAAAUACCAAAGAUGUUUCCAUCUUGAAGUGCCAGGAAGUUUGAAGAGAAGACGAUGAUUAAAAUAUGACGCCUGUGAUAUUAAAACAAUUGUGAUACGAUUUCUGUGAUAAUUUUAUUUGAAUAAGGUCUAAAAAUAAAGUGCUACGUGUAAUGUU